AUGGCCGCCGCCAAACGCACCAAAGCUGCCCCAACCGACGACGAGCUCGGCGAGCUCUUCGAAGGCAUCGGCCCCGACACCGCCAGCAAGAAAUCCUCCAAGCCCAAGCCCACCUCCGCCGCGGCCAAAGCCAUCGCCGACCAGGACAUCCUCGCCGAGCUCGAGAACGAGCUGAGCGCCCAAACCCCACCUUCCCGACCCCAUACCCCGAGGAUCAGGGACCACCCCGGCGCCAAGGGGACCCCCGGACGGAAAUCCGUCGAGGAUAGGUCUGUCCCUCGCAAGUCGACGGAGAGCGCGAGUUCGCUUCGUGCGAGCUUCACGCCGAGUGCUACGAGCUCGGAUUUGUACGAGUCGGAGAAGAAGGCACCUGCUGGGCACCAACAACAGCAGCAGCAGCAGCAAGCUCAGCAAGGGGGUGGUUGGUGGGGGAAUAUCUUUAGCACGGCUACGGCCGCUAUGAAGACUGCGGAGGCUGCUGUGAAGGAUCUGCAGCAGAGCGAGGAGGCGAAGAAGUGGACGGAACAGGUCAAGGGAAACGUUGGCGAUGAACUCCGACAUCGAGCCAUGCCCACCUUCACCAACAUCCUCCACACCCUCGCCCCGCCCAUCAGCUCCCACGAACGUCUCCACAUCCACAUCACCCACGACCUUGUCGGCUACCCCUCCCUCGACCCCAUGAUCCACGACGUUUUCGGCCGCGUCAUGUCCCAGGUCGAAGGCGGCGACCUCCUCGUCAUCCAGCGCGGUCAGGAAAUGACCGGCAAGCGCUCCUCCGGCCAAGACGCGACGGGCUGGCGCGACGGACCCUGGUGGCGAGCCGUCGACCCCCCUCGCGACAUGGGCAUCGUCAAGGGCCUCAGCGAGGCCACGAAGCUGUGCCGCGCCAACGCCGAGGGCUACGCGAACGAGUACUUCGCCUCGCGCGGUGGCAUCGAGGAGGCACGCGUGCGCGCUACGGAACCCUUGAGCGCUACGAAUCCUGUGCGUACGUCGGACCUGUUCCUCUCCGUGCAGGCCGUCGGGCUCGAUGCCGAUAACGCCCUGUUCGCGCGCACCGCGGCUGUCGAGAAGGAAAAGGAGGACUCGACCAUCAAAGCCCAAGAGCUCCCCGACGAACUCGUCUGCUUCGCCGUCUUCAUCCUCGAUCCCGUCCACGAGAUCGAGUACUCCACCCUCAGCCAGUCCAUCCCCGCCCGCUGGAUCAAGUGGCUCGAUGCCCCCUCCCCCUUGACCCCUACAUCCGGCGACGACACCACCACCGAUUCCCAAUCUGAGGCUGUUGCUGCUUCUUAUCUCCCCGCUACCACGCCCGAGGAGAUUAGGGAGAUCGUCGAGGCGGGCGGCGUUGACCCUCGCGAGUGGGUUGCCGAGUGGGUCGAGGAGUCCCUUUCCCUUGCCACGGGCAUCGUUGCUCAGCGCUACGUCGCUAGGAGGAUGGGUGUCGGUGAGGGCGGUAUUGGGAGGGGGAAGAAGAGGAUGGAGGAGUUAGUGCAGGACGGGGCUGGUGAGGCUGCUAGGGCUGGCUUGAUUUAG